AUGAGAAUCACGAAGAGUCGAGCACACUUUGCUACAAAUUACGUCAUCAUGCUUAUGAUUAUUCUGCUUCUCAUCAUGUUUAACACCGUGGUUGCCAGGGGUGGUGGUGGUCACGGUGGCGGUGGUGGUGCUCACGGCGGAGGAGGGCGUCACGGAGGUGGUGGUGAAGGCCGUGGUGGGCAUGGAGAAGAAGAAGGAGGGCGAGGGAUCGGAGGGGCAGGCGGUAUGGUUCAUCGACCACGACCAUUAACAAGGAGUGGAGAGUCUGCACUAAACCCUUUUGCGGGUGUAUCUGCUGCGACUAUUCUACUGAUCAUCGUUUUUCUAUUUAACUAG